CGCCGCUCAGCAAGGGAAGACCCCGUUCCAGCCAAGCUCUUCCUCCUCCCCUGCUGCUGGGGAUUUCGGCUGCUUCUCCCAUUCUUGGUCCCUCUGCGCGGCUCUUUCUGAGGGAGCCGCCGCCAUGCCGCUCUACGAAGGUCUCGGCAGCGGUGGCGAGAAGACAGCGGUGGUGAUCGACCUGGGCGCGGCUUUCACCAAAUGUGGUUUUGCCGGAGAAACAGGACCAAGAUGUGUUAUUCCUAGUGAAAUAAAGAAACCCGGUAUUCCAAAGCCAGUCAAAGUUGUUCAAUACAACAUUAAUACAGAAGAGUUAUAUUCAUACCUGAAGGAGUUCAUCCACAUGCUGUAUUUCAGGCAUCUGCUUGUCAACCCCCGAGACCGCCGUGUUGUGAUUGUGGAAUCGGUGCUGUGCCCUUCCCAUUUCAGAGAGACGCUUACAAAGGUUCUCUUCAAGUAUUUUGAGGUUCCUUCCGUGCUGUUUGCUCCAAGCCACCUGAUGUCUCUCCUGACCCUUGGGAUUAAUUCGGCAAUGGUAUUAGAUUGCGGCUACACAGAGAGUCUGGUGCUGCCUAUCUAUGAGGGAAUACCGGUUCUGAGCUGCUGGGGUGCCCUUCCUUUGGGAGGAAAAGCUAUUCACAAAGAGCUAGAGAACCAGCUGCUGGAGCUGAGCACUGUGGAUACAGGAACUACCAAAGGACAGAGCCUUCCCUCGGUGAUGGGUUCUGUUCCCGAAGACAUCGUAGAGGACAUCAAAGUUCGCACUUGUUUUGUGAGCGACCUCCAGCGAGGGCUGAAAAUCCAGGCAGCAAAAUUCAAUAUGGAUGGCAGUGCAGAGCGUCCAACGCCCCCUCCGGAUGUAGACUACCCACUGGAUGGAGAGAAGAUACUACAUGUGAAUGGAGCCAUCAGAGAUUCGGUUGUUGAAAUUCUCUUUGAGCAGGACAACGAAGAGAAAUCAGUGGCCACUUUGAUACUGGACUCACUUCUAGAGUGCCCAAUCGACACCAGGAAGCAGCUCGCGGAGAACUUGGUGGUGACGGGCGGCACUGCCAUGUUGCCGGGAUUCCUGCACAGGCUGAUGGCAGAAAUAAGAGACCUGGUGGAGAAGCCCAAGUACAAGGAGACGCUGGCGUCCAAGACCUUCCGAGUGCACACGCCGCCCUCCAAGCCCAACUGUGUGGCCUGGCUGGGAGGAGCCAUUUUUGGAGCUCUCCAGGACAUCCUGGGGAGCCGUUCGGUGUCAAAGGAAUACUACAGCCAAACCGGGCGCAUCCCUGACUGGUGUUGCCUCAACAAUCCUCCUCUGGAAAUGAUGUUUGACGUCGGAAAAACGCCUCCCCCGCUGAUGAAAAGGGCCUUUUCCACGGAGAAGUAGGCCUCUGCUCCCUCUCUGGAUGUCACAGACUGUGAUGGCGUUGAAAGAGGCAAACCUGUCCCACCAUGGAAUGGAAUUCCGGGGCAGCAGGACCGUCAUGGCCACUCCUGCCCUCCGGAUGUCAGCUGUGCUAGUUUAAGGCAAUACCCCACUGAUGUGUAUUUAUGUAAUAGCAAGAUAAAAGUGCCCAAGACUACGGCCUUUUUAUUAUUAUUAUUUAAAGCCUUUAAGCAUAUUGAAAAGAAGCUGCUGUUUGUAACAUGAAACCACAUGCACAUCUUUCUUUGCCAGUCUCAGUGUAAUGCUUUAUUUCACAUUAGUUAGUUCAGAUAAUUAAAAAACAACAACUUAA